GCCCCCGCGGUCACCCUCUGAUCACGCAGCCCAAAAUAGCCCCCGGCGCCCGCUGGCCUGUCGCACAGCUGGGAGAUGGCUGCUGUCUCCGAGCCCGGGGACUUGGGUGCGCCCUGGAGACCAGCGCGCCCCGAGCCCCCUCCUACCCGCUUCCACCCGGUUCAUGGUGCCAACAUCCGCGUGGACCCCUCCGGGACGCGGGCCACACGCGUGGAGAGUUUCGCUCACGGCCUGUGCUUCAGUCGCGAGCCGCUGGCCCCGGGCCAGGUAUUCUUGGUCGAGAUCGAGGAGAAAGAACUGGGCUGGUGCGGGCACCUGCGCCUCGGCCUGACUGCGCUAGACCCCGCAACUCUGGCCGCGGUGCCCGAGUUUUCGCUGCCGGACCUGGUCAGCCUCGGCCACACCUGGGUCUUUGCCAUCACGCGCCAUCACAACCGCGUGCCCCGGGAGGACCGCCCGGAGGCAGAGGCAGCGGUGCCCAGCCGCCCCCCAGCCCUCUUGGUGGAACCCUAUCUGUGCAUUGAGCAGUUUCGUAUUCCCCGCGACCGCCUGGUGGGCCGCAGCCGGCCCGGGCUCUACAGCCACCUCUUGGAUCAGCUGUAUGAGCUGAAUGUGCUGCCUCCGACCGCGCGCCGCAGCCGCCUGGGCGUUCUUUUCUGCCCGCGCCCGGACGGCACGGCGGACAUGCACAUCGUCAUCAACGGCGAGGACAUGGGCCCCAGCGCCCGGGGGCUGCCAGCCGCCCAGCCCCUCUACGCAGUGGUGGACGUGUUUGCCUCCACCAAGAGCGUGCGCCUGGUCCAGCUCGAGUAUGGCUUGCCAUCCCUGCAGACUCUGUGCCGCCUAGUCAUCCAGAGGAGUGUGGUGCACCGGCUGGCCAUUGAUGGGCUCCAUCUGCCAAAAGGACUUAAGGAUUUCUGCAAGUAUGAGUAAAGGCCUGCAGCCACCCACCCUGGGACAGGACCCCAGGAGCAUGUCCUGGCCCUGGACCUGUGGCUGGUCUCAAGCUGGCUGUACCGCUGCCAGCCAGGCCUGGAAAUAAACACAGCGAUGCUGACACUGAU